ACCUAUGAAUGAGUGUAUACAAGAUUGAAAUUAUUUAAUUGUGCACAUAUUUACCAUCACAAAUCCAAUUAAAAUGACAUCGAUGCUUUAGGCAAAUCAAUUCAAAUUUUUAUUUAUUUUGUGUCAAUAAUUGAAGAAAGUUGGGAUAAAACGAGUAAUCGAUUGUUUACAAUUUGGAAAUUGUCGAAAAUUGUUGAUCAUUGAAUUCGGUGUAUCAAUCCAUAGUCAUCGUUUCGCAACAAAAAGAAUCAAUCUUUGGUGUCGGUUCAUUGUUUAAGAUAUCGAAGUGUACGUAGGAUAUGCUUUUGAAUCGAUUUUCAACGCCAAAUUAUAUACAAACACACCCAUUUACAUCGACAAAAAUUAUCGUCGCUUCGUUUGUCGAAUUUGAACGCCGACCGAUAGUGAUAUCGCUACACAAUGGCCAUUUUUGAAUGGAGAAAGUUCAAUUUCUUUGAUUUAAAAAACAAUGCCGACCAUGGCAAACUGGCCGAAGUGCUAAAGGAGGCAACCAUAAAAUGUACAACAAAUGGAAAUAACCAAAUUAUUAUUUGUGAUUCGUAUGGUUGUAUUCACAUAUUUGAUCGAAAUUGGGAGGCGUCAACAUUCAAAGGUCAUGUCGGACCCAUUGAGUUAUGUGAACUAUCGCGUCAACACAAUCUUUUAAUUACAGUCGGAAAAGAUGACAAUGGAACAUUGCCCGUUUUUAAAAUAUGGAAUUUAUCAAAGGCAUCGAAUGUAAAUGGUGGCAUUUCAAUGCCAUGCGUUCGCACCGAAAAAAUUAUACUACAAAAACCGACCGCAAUUGCUGUAUCCGAAAAUGGUCAUUACUUUGCAAUUGGUUUUGAUCGUGGCACAAUUGCAUUAUAUCGCGGUGACAUUAGUCGAGAUCGUUCGAAAAAUCUAAAAUCCAUUUCAGCCGGUUCAACACCAAUUACUGGCAUUGCAUUUAAACAGCAUACAAAAACGGUACAAAUGUUUGUGUGCUCGGAAUCGGGCGUUUUGGUUUAUAAUUUACAACAUAAGGAUCGUGAAGUGAAAACGGUGCUUGAUAAAAAUAUUGCGCCAACACGAUGCUGUGCCUUACAAACAGCCCAUGGAACGAACGAAAGUCAUUUUAUGGUGGGAAAAGAUGAUGCAGUUUAUUGCUAUACAAUCGAUGGUCGAGGUCCAUGUUAUGCACUCGAAGGUGAAAAGUCCAUUAUACAAUGGUUCCGAUCACAUCUGUUAACCAUUUCAAAACCCACCAAAAAUACCAUGUCGUUACAAAAAGAAUCGGUGUUGACGGUCAUUGAUAUUCUAAAUAAAUUUAUCGUCUUUUCGACACCGAUCGAAUCAACGGUUGCCAUACUCAUUGAAUUCGGUACAUGUUUCAUAAUAACGGGCAAUAAAAUGGUUUAUCAUCUCGACGAAAAAGAUUUACAAAGUAAAUUAAGCUUAUUAUUCAAAAAGAAUUUAUACGAUAUUGCCGUUCGCAUAGCGAAAAGUAAUCAACAUGAUCCAGAAGGAUUGGCUGAUAUUUUCAAACAAUAUGGUGAUCAUUUGUAUGGCAAAGGUGAUUUUUCUGGCGCUGUUGAACAAUACAUUAAAACAAUUGGUUAUUUGGAGCCAUCGUAUAUCAUUAGACGAUUUUUAGAUUCGAGACACAUCAAUUAUUUGACCGAUUAUUUGCAAGCAUUACACAAACAGGGAAAAGCAACAGCUGAUCAUACGACUCUGCUAUUGAAUUGCUUUACGCGUUUGGAUAAAACGGAUCAACUCAAAGAGUUCCUGAGCAAUGAUCAAAAUCCGGAUUUAAUCUUUGAUUUAGAUGUAGCUAUUAAAGUGUGUCGAAAUGCAUCCGUUGAACAUGCUUUGGUUUUGGCCAAACGAAAUCUAAAAUACGAUUCAUGUAUUAGUAUCCUAACGGAAGAUAUGUGCGCGUAUGGUGAUGCACUCGAUUAUAUUGCCGAACUGCCAUUUGAACAUGCUCAGAAAAAUUUGAAAAAAUACGGUAACAUUUUGAUGAAAAACUGUCCUCAACGAACAACGGAAUUGCUGAAAAAACUCUGCACCGAUUACUAUCAAUCGCAAAACAAUGAUAAUGGCGAUGUUCGUGAUUCGGGCCCAAAUGACAUCGGUAGCAAUAAUUUAAUGACCAAUUCUACGUUAUUUUUCGACACAUCACCCCACAUUGAUCGUGCGAAUCCAGAGGAUUUUAUUCAUCUUUUUACAAAGGCUGAACCAGAGUUACUGAUCGAUUUUCUUGAACAUUUACUUACCAACAUGAGCAAUUGUUCACAAUUAGUGUACAAUACAUUGAUUGAACAUUAUCUACGAUGCUGGAAAAUCGAUUCAAGAGCCGAAAAACGGUUGUUGGAAAUUCUGCGACGAACAUCGUCCAACGAUGAACCAAGUCUGCCAUACGAUCGAAAUCAUGUGCUCAUCUUAUGUAGUACGUACGAAUUUUGGCCAGGAAUUAUGUACAUUUAUGAAGAGCAAGAAUUAUACCAUUUGAUUGUACGAUAUUAUUUGAAAAUUGGCGAUUACAAUAGUUUGAUCAACACUUGCAAACGAUUAGGUAAAAUGCAGCCAUCGUUGUGGUUACAGGCAUUGACCGGUCUACGUGAUAAUAAAAAUGCGCCAACCAAUUUGCUUUCGCAAGUAUUACAAGUGAUCGCUCAAGAAAAGCUGCAGUCACCGUUACAAGUGUUAAUGUGUUUGGCCGUUGAAAACGGGCCAAAUCUAUCAGCCGUUCGUGAUUAUUUUCUACAAGUAUUCCAAAAGGAUAACGAGUCUGCUAGAAAUGAAGAAGAAUUAGUUGAGAAAUAUCGCAAAGAUUCGGUGAAAUUGAGAGAGCACAUACAACAAUUGAAUGAACGUCCAAUCGAAUUUCGUGGCACUCUCUGCGACACAUGUAAUCAACCACUGACAAUGCCUUCACGUUAUUUCCUCUGCCAACAUGCCUACCACCAAGAUUGCCUUCGGGGCUAUUCAGAGAAUGAUAAAGAUUGUCCGGUGUGCCGUGCAAAGAAUUUGCAGUUGAUCGACGCAUUACAAGCUCAAAGCGAGUCACGUGCACAGCAUGAAACCUUCCACAAUCUCUUGAAUCGAUCUACCGAACCAUUUUCGGUGGUUGCUGAGUACUUCGGUCACGGAAUGUUUAACAAAAUUUUGAUUGUCGAAGAGCCGGAUGAAGUUAGUCAAGAUGUAAUCAAGGCAGCUCAGAAGCAACACACUCAGCAUACCGAAGCAAAUCCAUACGAUAAAUAUGGUUCGGGUGCUGAAUCAAAACUUCGUCUAGAAGAGACCAACACAAUGAGUAAUAAAAUGUCAAAUACGGCUUAUUAUGCGGCACCGGUGCCAGAGGGACGUAUGAGAGCACAGGAACAAUCUAGAUUUGUCUCGCACGAUAUAAAGUCACAAGAUCUAGAACGACGUCCUAUAAAACCAGUUCAAGAAUAUAGAAGACCAGUGCCAAAUGCAACGAUUGCCGUUCCGAAAAAUUCCAACACGCCGAAGAAUCCAUUCGACGAAGAUGACGAUAACAAUGAUAAAUAUGAUGAAUCAAAGAAUCCAUUCGCCGAUGAUGAAGAUGACUCACCGAAAACAGAGGUUGCCAAAGAUGUAAGCAGUAGUGUUCAAAGUAAUCCGUUCGGCGAUUAUGAUGAUAAUUUGAAUCCAUUUGAAUAGAAAAUGAAUGAAAUAUUUUGAUUUUGAUGCGAUUACAAACACACCAAAUUGGAGCAAGAUGCACAAUAUUCUGUGAUAAAUAAAUAAACAAACAAAACACAAUCACAUUUGGAUUGUCAUCUGAAACUUUUAUUCAAACAUUCCAACGAUAAGAAAUGAGUGAAUGCAUAUAUGCCUCCAAAGAACACUCGAAAUUCAAUGAAAUCGCUUCGAAUAUUCAAACAAAACAACAAUAUAAAAAAAAUGCUGAGUUCUUUUAAUCGUUAUCUGUUCCGUUAUUAUGUCAUUUGUAAUUAUUUGAAAUAAAACCAAAUAUCACACAAAACACCAAA